ACCACAAAACAAAAACAAAAACAAAACCACUCUCAAACACCGUCUUUAACCUUAACCCAACACCAACCCGCCACGUAAGCAACCUCUCACUCACCACCGUUUGAUCAUAAAUCAACCCUUUAUGAUUCAGAAUCUUUAAAGUGGGGCCAACCACCUUGAACCCUCUAUAUAAAUACACAUAUAGAUAGAUACACUCUACUCUCUCUUUCUCUCUCUGUCUCUAUCUCUCUCUUUCUUUCUCUCACAUCAUUUCACAAAUAUUUUUCUUCUGUUUUUCUAUCUAAGAAGCUGCAAGAAUGUGUGGUGGUGCUAUCAUCUCAGAUUUCAUUGGUGUCAAGCGUGACCGUGACCUCUGGUUUGAGCUUGAUCCUUCUGUUGAUCUACUUGGUCUCGGUGCUGUUACUAACACCCCCACUUCCAAAGAUUUACCUCCCCUUCACUUUCCGCAAAUUUUCUCACCCAAAAGAGUGGUUGCAUGUGACACUGCAGAGAAGAAACAAAGCGUGGUGACUGUAGAGAAAGGUAAGAAAAGCACCGGAGGGAAAAGAACCCGUAAGAAUGUUUACAGAGGAAUCAGGCAGAGGCCAUGGGGGAAAUGGGCUGCAGAAAUAAGGGACCCACAGCAAGGUGUCCGUGUCUGGCUCGGUACUUUCUCGACGGCUGAAGAGGCCGCCAGAGCUUAUGAUGCUGCCGCGAAGAGAAUCCGCGGAGACAAGGCUAAGCUGAAUUUCCCAGAUGCUCCGGUUGGUUAUGCUGCUAAAGCUGUCACCGCUCCUCCAAUGAAGAAGCGGUGUGUUAGCUAUAGUUCUGAUCAAGUCAGUUCUCAGCAGGCUAGCUCUGAGUCUGCUGGGUCUGAGAUUGAUCAGGAGAUGGAAAUCAAAAAGAAAAUGUCUGAUCUUGAAUGGAUCCUAGGUUUGGAGAAUGACUUUUCUCAGGUUCAGGCCCAUACUCAGGCUCAAGUUGUGCCCCAACCUCAGCCUGAGCCUGUACCCGCGCCUGCGCCAUUCACUAUGCCUGCUGAAUGGGACAACAAUUUCUUGGACGCAUGGACCUUUGAAGAAAUGAUUGACCCCAUCCAUAACCUGAUUUUUAACUAGGGAGUUAUUAACAAUGAAAAACUAUUGCACAAAUGGAACACCUUUGGGUGGUUCAUUAUUAUUAUUAUUAUUAUUAUUAUCUUGUUUAUUUACUAUGUUUAUGUUUAAAGUUUUGUGAACUGUAUAAACUAUGUGGUUUGCGAUUUUAGUAUGGUGUUGUCUUUGUUUCUGUCUUGGAUGUGGAAUGAUUAAAAUUAUAAAUCAUUUAGGUGCGGCUUUUUGUAGUUGUGAAUAUGAUUAUUAUUCAUAAAUAAAAGUAUGUAAGGUUUUUCAAA